AUGGCUAAGACAAAGUCCAAGAAGCGCAAGCAAAACGCUCAAGCUCAAGCGCAAGCUGAGAAACCUUCCAAAAUUGCAAAGACGACACCCGCCUCGAUCCCGACGCCGCCUCCCGAUGGCCACUUCGAGCCCAAGAACCUCCAUACAGUCGUUUCCGAAGAAGAACUCGAGAUCACCAUCGACACGCUCAACUCGCUAGCUCAAUACCCUGGCUUGAUCAAGUCAAAGCUCUGCAAGGAUCUGAGGGUUGCGGUUUACGACUUUCGACAAGCAUGCACGACAGGUGUUAACAAUGCUGCCGGUGCGAAUCUCACGGCGCAGGUUACUGCUGCUCUUGCCGAUCGCAAAUACACCGAAGCUCGAAUUCUUCUUGCUGAAAUGAAGAUUCGUGGCGAGCAGCCCAAGCUUGGUGCUCUUUGCCGAUGGGUUCGGGACCUCGAUGUCAUCAGUGGUUUGUCAACUGUGCCAGAUCAGCAAGGACUCGUCAAGCGCUCCGAAAGGGAAGAAACACUCAUUCGGGUCAUUGAUGCCGUCCUUCGGGUUUGUGGCCACGAAGAUCGAAACCCCAAUGCCGUCGUGCAGCCAUCAUCAAUUGCUCUCCAAGAGAUUUGGGACCUUCGCGCGGACACACCCACAGAGCAAGUCUACGCUUCGGUGCUCGAUGGAAGCCUCGUCGCAGCAGCGCCUGAAUCUCUAAAGAAGAACCUCCGAAUCAUCGAAGUCACACCAGGCCCUAGCCGCAAGCCUCCGAACCACCACGACGCCAUCCUAUACGCCUCUACUCUAGACGCCGUUCCACUGUCGACCACCCCACCCCCGACUACACAUCAGCCACAUCCUAUUGUGCAAGGCCUCAGUGCUGCUACCAACCUGCUCUAUCCCGAAGAGUGCAAGGCCAUCAUCGCUGCGGGCGAAUGCGUCAACUUUGUCCCUGAUGCGCCGCUUCGUGAGGAUGGAGAUAUUAGCAUCUUGGCCCACAACUUCUACUGGGUUGUCGACACGAAGUUCCACGAUACCUUGUGGUCGCGCAUCCGACCUUUUGUACCGCUUUCAAUGAGCGGCCGCUUAGCCAGGGGUAUCAACCGUCGCUUCCGAGUGUACCGCUAUGUCCCAGGAGCCGAGUAUCGAGCACAUAUUGACGGCGCGUGGCCCCCGAGCGGCAUCACGAAGGACGAUAAAUACGUAUACGAUGACUCGCCCGCCGAGAAGAAGCAAAGCUCUCUUUUCACCCUCCUGAUCUAUCUUAACCAGGAUUUCGAGGGCGGCGAAACCACAUACUUCCUGCCAGCUGCACGAGAGGGUAUCCUCAACGCAUACCCCGUUCGUCCAGUCAUGGGUGGCGCGGCCAUCUUCCCGCACGGCGAGAUCAACGCGACAUUGCACGAGGGUACCGGUGUGAGGAAGGGAGCGAAAUACGUGAUUCGCACCGAGAUUGAAUAUGAUAUAGAACCAACGGAAGAGCUCCAGGUUUGA